CACGUAUGAGUUUCAAACUUGGCUGGGUUGCACAGUAUCAUACCUCUAAGGAAGUUAUAUUGGAGACUCGCAUGCGAGAGCAAGAUGACCUCAAGAUGGCCACGUUGCCUUGGGUGGGCGAGAUUGCACUUGUGCUUGCGAUUGGUGCCACAUGGUAUGGUGCUGAGCGGCAGCUUGCAGGUGAGACGCCAGUGAAAGUGAAGGACUGCGUUGGAUCCUCUGUGAAGGAACGUUUGCGCGGUACUGUGCCACUUGUUUUCUGUGACACUUCCAAGUUCCAAGCUUGAACAUCCUCACUUGGCUCUUUCCUAGGAUGCCAGCUUGUGCUUGCGGAGGUUUACAACAUGGCUGCAUUACAGAGUAUGUCACUCUCGAUGCUUCAGAGAUGGUUAUGUUGUGGGGGACUGGAAUUUGACUGCUCCAGAUCCAAACAGUUGGGUGCGAACAUUCUUUGACAUUCACGGCUGCUUCAUCUCUUAUUCAUUCUUUUUGUGCAGGUAUCACGUUGGCUGAGUGCAAGGAACAUCGAUUUCCCUACUUCGAACUUCGAGUUGGUUUCUCAGGUUUGCACAUGCCAUUGGGAAGAUCAGUGAUCACAAAAUUGCAGCUCCAGUUCGGGCAGAAGAAGAGAGACUCAGGAAACGCAAGGAUUGGAAGAGACCAACGUGGCUCUCAGACCGCUGCAGCACCAGACCAGGGCCUCGAGCAGCUCAUCAUUGACAGAUCUUGGCAGCAUUUGCAGCAUUUGCAGUGGAGAUUCAGUUGGACCCAGCACAGCUUCCAGGUUGGCUUGUGGAGGUGCGCCAAGCUGCCGGGUAAAGACUAUGAUGUCUGGUUUGUCAGCCUUUCAGUGGUGGUGUCAGGUUUGUGGUGCCAUCAACCCACACUGGGAUCACACGUGGCAGUGUUUGCUCAAUCGUGCUCCACCCUCGAGGCCUAGGUCACUCAAUGACUUGGAAUCGUGUCACGCCUUCCAAACUCAGUUGUGCAACUCGGUUUGUGAGCGCAAACCUUUUGAAGACCAGUUCCACUUCCCUUUCUGAGGCCUUUGGCACUGACUGGCUUUGUCUUUCUGGUUGGUUGAAGAGGAGCACGUGCAGGUGAACCACCAAUGGGUAUAAUAUCCAACCAAAUUGACCACUCCUUUUUUCUCAAAGGACAUCAUUGGUAUCGUAUCAGCCCUUCAUCACCAUCAAUGCUCUUGUCAUUAUUUGGUGGAAAGGUCGGC